AUGUGGCGCGUAUGCGAGUGUGAAGCACCGUGCUUCAAUCUAUCCCCGCCCGUCGCUCUAGCUUCCCCCACCCGUCGCCCUCGCUUCCCCCGUCCAUCGUCCUCGCUUCCCCCUCACGUCGCCCUCGCCUUCCCCCUCCCGUCGCCCUCGCUUCCCCCCCCCCUCCCGUCGCCCUCGCUUCCCCCUCCCGUCGCCCUCGCUUUCCCCUCCCGUCGCCCUCGCUUUCCCCCUCCCGUCGCCCCCGCUUUCCCCCUCUCAUCCCCCUCCCAUCCCGCUCCCAUCCCCCUCCCAUCCCCCUCCCAUCCCGCUCCCAUCCCCCUCUCAUCCCCCUCCCAUCCCCCUCCUAUCCCGCUCCCAUCCCCCUCCCAACCCCCUCCCAUCCCGCUCCCAUCCCUCUCCCAUCCCCCUCCCAUCCCCCUCCCAUCCCCCUCCCAUCCCCCUCCCAUCCCGCUCCCAUCCCGCUCCCAUCCCCCUCCCAUCCCCCUCCCAUACCCCUCCCAUCCCGCUCCCAUCCCCCUCCCAUCCCCCUCCCAUCCCCCUCCCAUCCCCCUCCCAUCCCCCUCCCAUCCCCCUCCCAUCCCGCUCCCAUCCCCCUCCUAUCCCGCUCCCAUCCCCCUCCCAUCCCCCUCCCAUCCCGCUCCCAUCCCCCUCCCAUCCCCCUCCCAUCCCCCUCCCAUCCCCCUCCCAUCCCCCUCCCAUACCCCUCCCAUCCCGCUCCCAUCCCCCUCCCACCCCCCUCCCAUCCCCCUCCCAUCCCCCUCCCAUCCCCCUCCCAUCCCGCUCCCAUCCCCCUCCCAUCCCGCUCCCAUCCCCCUCCCAUCCCCCUCCCAUCCCGCUCCCAUCCCGCUCCCAUCCCCCUCCCAUCCCCCUCCCAUCCCCCUCCCAUCCCGCUCCCAUCCCCCUCCCAUCCCCCUCCCAUCGCCCUCGGGGGCUGUCGUUUCCCGCCCCACCACCUUCUCUAACACUCCUGUUGCCCGUCUUUACCGUCUCCUCCGACUCUCCCACCGUACGCUUCACCCAUACCUACAUCCUUCCAUGGAAUAA